AUGGUGCAGAUGGGCUUUUUGAGUGAUGGUGGAAGAAAUAAGAAACAAAAUUGUAUCCCUUGCAAGAAGGGCACGAUUGAUCCACAGGUGAUUGGUGCCACAGAGACAGUCAUCCUUCCCUCUCUGACUGGGAUUAUCUGUUCAACAGGUUUAGUUGGAAAUAUCCUCAUUGUGUUCACAAUAGUAAUGGACCAGAAGAAAACUAUACCAGAUAUCUACAUCUGCAAUCUAGCUCAUGCAGAUUUGGUUAAUAUCAUUGGCAUGCCCUUUCUCACUCACCAGUGGGCAUGUGGAGGCGAGUGGGUUUUUGGCAGCCCUCUUUGCGCCAUCAUUACCUCCCUGGGCACAUGUAACCAGUUUACAUGUAGUGCCAUUAUGACCGCAAUGAGCUUGGACAGGUACCUCGCUCUUGUCCAGCCAUUUCGUCUAACCAAUCUGAGAACAAGAUCAAAGACAAUUCAAGUCAAUUUAUGUUUAUGUGUGAUGUGACUUAUUCUGAUGUUCCCUGUGUGGGUGUACUCAAAAGUAAUCAUGUUCAAAGAUGGUUUGGAAAGUUGUGCUUUUGAUUUAACCUCACCUGAUGAUGUUCUCUGGUAUACACUUUGUCUUACUAUAACAACUUUCUUUUAUCCUUUACCACUGUUAUUUAUUUGCUAUAUUUUAAUUUUAUGUUACACAUGGGAAACAUACCAGCAAAAAAGCAAGCAUUACACCACCAGUAUCCCCAGGCAAAGAAUCCUGAGCCUCACUAAGAUGGUGCUUGCUCUCGUCAGCCCGUUUGUGGUAAGCGCUGCCCCAUUCCAUGUAAUCCAGCUCAUGAAUCUUCAGGUUUCUCAGCCAACCCUGACCUUCUACGUGAGCUACUACAUCUCCAUCUGCCUCAGCUAUGCCAGCAGCAGAAUUAAUCCCUUUCUCUACAUCCUGCUUAGUGGGAACUCCCAGAAGCGUCUCUGGCGAUGCACAAAAGCGGAAGUCAGGAUGACAGACCAGGAUGUCAAUGGCAGUGUAAACACAGUCAAGUUUUUGAUAGAAGGGUUUUCUCCCAGGAAAAGUGCAUUAUAUACGUAUAGAUUUUUUCAGGUGCAGUAG